GAUUCGUUUUUCGCUUAAAUCGACCGUAACGUUGGUACCACCGCUUUCUCCCCCCUAAAGAAAAAAAUAAAUUCCCCCACCCACGCCGAAAUUCUGAUGACCUUGUGGCCGCUUGUCAUUGUCAAAUCGACUCUCUUCUAUUAAACGUUUGGCAUUUAUUCGUCGGUUGAAAUUCUCUUUUUUGGGUGAACUUUCCAUAUUCUACAAUGGCCCAGAAACUGCAAGAAAUUAAAGAUAAAUUGGGCAAGGCCCUGAGGGACCCGAGCAAGCCUUGGACCUCGGUGCUGACCCAGGCGGAGCAAAAGACCGGAGUGGACAGGUUGUACGUGUUCAUAGGUGGUAUAGCGUUGGUGGGACUAUGGUUGGUCUUCGGUUACGCCGCCCAGCUGGUGUGCAACUCGGUCGGUUUCAUUUAUCCCGCUUACAUGUCGAUCCACGCCAUCGAGAGCCGCAAGAAGGACGAUGACACCAAAUGGCUCACCUACUGGGUGGUGUUCGCCCUCUUCUCCGUCACUGAAUACUUUGCCGAUUUUAUUGUUGGUUGGUUCCCCCUAUAUUGGCUCAUUAAGUGCGUAUUCAUGGUUUGGCUAAUGAUCCCCACCGAGUUCAACGGCUCUUUGGUGCUGUACAACAGGAUCGUCAGGCCCUACUUCCUUAAACACCAUAACGUUAUCGAUGAUACUUUGAAUAAAGUUAAGGAACAAGUGAACAAAGUCACCGAUAAAUCAGAGUAAAGCAUUUAGUCGUCGGGCAGGGGUGAGAGAUCUCGCAGUUCCGCCAUCGAUCGAGUGCAAGCAACAAAGACGAUGAUGCAAUAAGUCGCUUGUGUGUGUAUGUUAUCAAAAAAAUAAUUAGGAGUGUUUUAUUAUUA